GGCGCUGAGAGAAGCUGCGGGGAGAGCCGGGGGCUCUAGUGAACAGCGUAGCCGGACGGGGAUUGCCGGCGAGCGGCGAGCGGAGGCGGUUCGGGCCCGGCGGUCUCCGAGAUGUCACGAUGGCUGUGGCCAUGGUCAAACUGUGUGAAAGAACGGGUCUGUCGCUACUUGCUGCACCAUUAUCUAGGCCACUUUUUCCAGGAGCACCUCAGCCUGGACCAACUCAGUCUCGAUCUGUACAAGGGCAGCGUUACUCUGCGGGAUAUCCACCUGGAGAUCUGGUCUGUGAACGAGGUGCUGGAGUCAAUGGAGUCGCCGCUGGAGCUGGUGGAAGGCUUCGUGGGCUCCAUCGAGGUGGCUGUGCCCUGGGCUGCUCUGCUCACCGACCACUGCACGGUGCGCGUGUCCGGCCUCCAGCUCACCUUGCAGCCCCGCCAGGGCCCAGGCCCAGGAGCUGCCGACUCACAGACCUGGGCCUCAUGCAUGACCACGAGCCUGCAGUUGGCCCAAGAGUGUCUGCGGGAUGGGCUGCCCGAGCCCUCUGAGCCACCGCAGCCCCUAGAGGGGCUGGAGAUGUUUGCCCAGACCAUCGAGACUGUGCUGCGGAGGAUCAAGGUGACCUUCCUGGACACAGUUGUGAGGGUAGAGCAUUCACCGGGUGACGGGGAGCGUGGUGUGGCCAUAGAGGUCCACGUGCAGAGACUAGAGUACUGUGACGAGGCAGUGCGGGACCCAAGCCAGGCACUCCCGGUGGACGUGCAUCAGCUGCCUGCCUUCCUGCACAAGCUGCUGCAGCUGUCAGGGGUCCGCCUGUACUUCGAGGAGCUCCCUCAACAGGAAAGAGCUUCAGAGCCACCCUUGCAGAUUGGCAGCUGCUCAGGCUACAUGGAGCUGAUGGUGAAGUUGAAACAGAAUGAGGUCUUCCCAGGACCCAAGUUGGAGGUGGUGGGACAGCUAGGCUCCUUGCACCUGCUCCUGACCCCCCAGCAGCUGCAGAGGCUUCAAGAACUGCUCAGCGCCAUAAGCCUUACAGAUGCCGAGGGCCUGGCUGACAAGCUGAACAAGAGCCGCCCACUGGAUGCUGAAGACCUAUGGCUGAUUGAGCAGGACCUGAACCAGCAGCUGCAGGCUGGGGCUGUGGCCGAGCCCCUUAGCUCAGACCCCCUUACCAAUCCCCUUCUCAACCUGGACAGCACAGACCUCUUCUUCUCCAUGGCUGGCCUCACGAGCAGUGUGGCCUCAGCCCUCUCCGAGUUCUCCCUCUCUGAUGUAGACCUGGGCUCCUCUGUACACAGCGACGUGGCCUCCCGCCGGCUCUCUGCCCAGGCUCACCCAGCCAGCAAGAUGGCUUCCACACCCCUCCCGGACACCAUGCGCCCUGACUCGUUGCUGAAGAUGACCUUGGGGGGUGUGACCCUGACCUUGCUUCAGACGUCUGCCCCAUCUUCUGGACCACCUGACCUCGCCACCCACUUUUUUGCUGAGUUUGAUGCCACCAAGGAUGGCCCCUUUGGCUCCCGAGACUUCCACCACCUUCGACCACGCUUCCAGAGGGCCUGUCCUUGUAGCCAUCUCCGACUAACAGGCACAGCCGUGCAGCUGUCCUGGGAGCUGCGGACAGGCAAUAGGCGCCGGCGGACAACCAGCACGGAAAUGCACUUUGGGCAGCUUGAGGUUCUGGAGUGUCUGUGGCCCAGGGGCUCUCUGGAGCCUGAGUACACAGAGAUCCUGAGCUUCCCCAGUAACCUGGGCUCCCAGGCCUCAGCUCGGCCCUGUGCCCACCUGCGCCACACACAGACCCUGCGCCGCGUGCCCAAGAGCCGACCCCGGCGCUCAGUUGCCUGCCAUUGCCACUCAGAGCUGGCCCUGGACCUGGCCGACUUCCAGGCGGAUGUGGAGCUGGGGGCCCUGAACCGGCUCGCUGCCCUGCUGCACCUGGCCACCGUGCCCCCCGAGCCGCCUGCCAGCCUGCUGACAGAGCCCCCAUCAAUGGCCGAGCAGCAGACAGUGUUCCGGCUCUCAGCUCCCCGGGCCACGAUGCGGCUACGCUUCCCCAUUGCUGACCUGCGGCCUGAGCGGGACCCCUGGGCGGGCCAAGCUGUGCGUGCUGAGCAGCUUCGGCUGGAGCUGAGUGAGCCCCAGUUCCGGUCAGAGUUUAGCAGUGGGCCUGGGCCCCUCACGCCUACCCGAUUAGAACUUACCUGCUCUGACCUGCAUGGUAUCUAUGAAGAUGGGGAGAAACCACCUGUCCCCUGCCUGCGUGUCUCCAAAGUCCUAGACCCCAAAAGCACUGGGCGCAAGUACUUCCUGCCUCAGGUAGUGGUGACCCUGAACCCCCAGUCCAGCAGCAUACAGUGGGAGGUGGCCCCGGAGAAGGGAGAGGAGCUGGAGAUGUCGGCAGAGAGUCCGUGUGAGCUUCGGGAGCCUGAGCCCUCGCCCUUCUCCUCCAAGAGGACCAUGUACGAGACGGAGGAGAUGGUGAUCCCUGGAGACCCUGAGGAGAUGAGGACGUUCCAGAGCCGGACCCUGACACUGUCCCAAUGUAGCCUGGAAGUGAUCCUGCCCAGUGCCCAUGUUUUUCUGCCCAGCAAGGAGGUCUAUGAGAGCAUCUACAACAGGAUCAACAAUGACCUGCUCAUGUGGGAGCCUGCGGACCUGCUUCCCACCCCUGAGCCCCCUGCUCAGCCCCCGGGCUGCGUCGGCCCCUUCGGCUCAUGGCACGACAACUUUAAGAUGUGCAAGUCAGCCUUCAAGCUGGACUCAGACUCGGAUGAUGAGGAUGCCCACUUCUUCUCAGUGGGGACAUCAGGUGCCCCCCAGCCCCCUGCCCCUGAGCCCUUAAGUCCUCACUCCAAGAGUACCUUCUCUACAUUGGUGACAGUGCUGAAGGGUCGGAUCACAGCCCUCUGUGAGACCAAGGACGAGGGCGGGAGGCGGCUGGAGGCCACGCAUGGGGAGCUGGUGCUGGACGUGGAGCAGGGCACCAUCUUCAGCGUCUCCCAGUACCGCGGCCAGCCCGGGCUCGGCUACUUCUGCCUAGAAGCCGAAAAGGCAACGCUCUAUCACCGAGCGGCUGUGGAUAACUACCUGCUGCCCAGUCACCUGGAACUGCCCAGCUUUGCCCCCCCGGCCCAGCUGUCCCCAACCAUCUACCCAUCAGAAGAAGGGGUGACUGAGCAGGGAGCCUCGGGCCGCAAGGGCCAGGGCCCUCACAUGCUGUCUACUGCCGUGCGCAUCCACCUGGACCCCCAGAAAAACGUGAAGGAGUUCCUGGUGACGCUGCAGCUGCACAAAGCCACCCUGCGCCACUACAUGGCCCUGCCCGAACAGAGCUGGCACUAUCAGCUGUUGGAGUUCUUAGAUGUGCUGGAUGACCCUGUGCUGGGUUACCUGCCCCCAACGGUCAUCACCAUCCUGCACACGCACCUGUUCUCCUGUGCUGUGGACUACAGGCCACUCUAUCUCCCUGUGCGUGUCCUCCUCACCGCAGAGACUUUCACCCUCUCCAGCAACAUCAUCAUGGACACCUCCACCUUUUUGCUCAGACUAACAAACGCUGUAGGGGGAGAAAAGGACAUCCCCUCCCAGGACUGUUGUGAGACCCGAGUGAGGUUCAUCCUUGAUGACUCUGCCUUGUACCUGUCCGACAAGUGUGAGGUGGAGACGCUGGACCUGCGGCGAGAUUAUGUCUGUGUCUUGGACGUUGACCUCCUGGAGCUUGUGAUCAAAACCUGGAAAGGGAGCACUGAGGGCAAACUGAGCCAGCCGCUGUUUGAGCUGCGCUGCUCCAACAACGUGGUGCACGUGCACAGCUGUGCCGACUCCUGUGCCCUGCUGGUCAACCUGCUGCAGUACGUAAUGAGCGCGGGCGACCUGCACCCCCCAGCCCGGCCCCCCAGCCCCACGGAGAUCGCCGGCCAGAAGGUACAGCUCUCCGAGAGCCCUGCCUCCCUGCCCUCGUGCCCACCAGUGGAGACAGCCCUCAUCAACCAGCGGGACCUGGCUGACGCCCUCUUAGACACGGAGCGGAGCCUGCGGGAGCUGGCCCAGCCUUCAGGUGGCCCCCUCCCUCAGGCCUCACCCGUCUCGGUCUACCUGUUCCCAGGGGAAGGGAGCGGGGCGCAGCCUCCUUCAGCCCCUGCUGGGGGCUCCACUAGCAGCUUAGGCUCGUCGUGCUUAGACUCUCAGGAAGAGGAAAAGGAAGAGGAGGGGGACGGAGACACUCUUGACAGUGAUGAGUUCUGCAUCCUUGAUGCUCCUGGCCUGGGCAUCCCGCCUCGUGACGGGGAGCCCGUGGUGACACAGCUACAUCCCGGCCCCAUCAUCGUGCGAGACGGACACUUCUCACGGCCGCUGGGCAGCACAGACCUGCUGCGGGCACCUGCCCACUUCCCAGUGCCCAGCAGUCGCGUGGUGCUGCGUGAGGUUUCCCUCAUCUGGCACCUCUAUGGCGGCCGAGACUUUGGCCCCCACCCUGGCCACAGGGCAAGAGUUGGCCUCACAGGCCCCAGGGCCUCCCCUUCCCGCUGCUCUGGCCCCAACCGGCCCCAGAACUCGUGGCGCACACAGGGGGGCAGCGGGCGGCAGCACCAUGUCCUCAUGGAGAUCCAGCUGAGCAAGGUGAGCUUCCAACAUGAGGUGUACCCACCGGAGCCAGCCACAGGCCUCGCGACCCCUGGCCGAGAGCUGGAGGAGCAGCCGCUGUCACGCCAGGUGUUCAUCGUGCAGGAGCUUGAGGUCCGAGACCGGCUUGCCUCCUCCCAGAUCAACAAGUUCUUGUACCUGCACACGAGCGAGCGGAUGCCACGGCGUGCCCACUCAAACAUGCUCACCAUCAAAGCGCUGCACGUGGCCCCCACCACCAACCUAGGUGGGCCGGAGUGCUGUCUCCGCGUCUCACUGAUGCCGCUGCGCCUCAACGUGGACCAGGAUGCCCUCUUCUUCCUCAAGGACUUUUUCACCAGCCUGGUAGCCGGCAUCAACCCCAUGGUCCCGGGGGAGACCUCUGCUGAGGCUCGCCCUGGGACCCAAGUCCAGCCCAGCAGCCCCCAGGAAGGGCAGCCCGAGGGCUCGCAGGAAGCCACAGGCAGUGGACGCGGCUCAUCCUGUGCUGAUCAGCAACCCAUCUACUUCAGGGAGUUCCGCUUCACAUCUGAGGUGCCCAUCUGGCUGGAUUACCACGGCAAGCACGUCACCAUGGACCAGGUGGGCACUUUCGCUGGCCUCCUCAUCGGCCUGGCCCAGCUCAACUGCUCUGAGCUGAAGCUAAAGCGACUCUGCUGCCGGCACGGGCUCCUGGGUGUGGACAAGGUGCUGGGCUAUGCUCUCAAUGAAUGGCUACAAGAUAUCCGCAAGAACCAGCUGCCCGGCCUGCUGGGAGGCGUGGGCCCCAUGCACUCGGUUGUCCAGCUCUUCCAAGGGUUCCGGGACCUACUGUGGCUGCCCAUCGAGCAGUACAGGAAGGACGGGCGCCUCAUGCGGGGGCUGCAGCGGGGGGCUGCCUCCUUCGGCUCGUCCACGGCCUCCGCCGCCCUGGAACUUAGCAACCGGGUGGUGCAGGCCAUCCAGGCCACAGCUGAGACAGUGUAUGACAUCCUGUCCCCGACGGCACCCAUCUCCCGCUCCCUGCAGGACAAGCGCUCUGCGAGGAAGCUACGCAAGGGCCAGCAGCCCGCUGACCUCCGGGAGGGAGUGGCCAAGGCCUAUGACACAGUGCGAGAGGGCAUCCUGGACACAGCUCAGACCAUCUGUGACGUGGCGUCUCGGGGUCAUGAACAGAAGGGGCUGACGGGUGCCGUGGGGGGUGUGAUCCGCCAGCUGCCCCCGACAGUGGUGAAGCCACUCAUCCUAGCCACGGAAGCCACGUCUAACCUGCUCGGAGGGAUGCGCAACCAGAUCCUCCCUGACGCCCACAAGGACCACGCCCUCAAGUGGCGCACAGAGGAGGCCCAGGACUGAGCACGCGGCAUCCGAGACCCAAAGGGGCGCUGCCCACCCGCCGCUAGGCUGCCCACCGUGCUCAGGCCGGUGCCACCGGCUCCUGAGCCUGCCAAGAGCUCUGACCCACGGCUGGGCCAGGCCCAGCCCCUCAGGGGAUGGCCACUGUGACGGACACCUCCCGGCCUGCUGUUGCCAAUCCGCUGUGAGAGGGGGGCCCACCUGCCUUGGGGCCUUGGCCCUGUCUCUGCACUUUUCCUCUGGGGAGAAAGGACAUUGCCUGUCCCUCCCACCUGGGCCCACACUGCUGCCUUGUCCCAGGACGGAGGCUUUCGGACCCUCGGACCCCUGGACCCCAACCCCACUCAGCCAAGUGUCUUUCUAUGUCUCUGGGGGAGGGGGGGAGACGGACACCCGUGUGGUUCGAUGUAUUAUUUUUAAACUCCAUGAGUGUGUGGGUCAGUGUCUGCAUGAAGUGGAAUAAACUGCCCACCGCCA